AUGCCUAAAUAUAUAUUGCACUAUCUUGACAUAGACGCCAGAGCUGAACUUAUUCGGCUUAUUCUUGCUUAUGACGAUAUCCACUUUAAAGAAAUUUUGUACAGUUUUGAAGAGUGGCCAACAGUUAAAGAAAAAUUUCCAUAUGAGACAGUGCCUGUCUUAGUGAUGGAUGGUAAAGAGGUCGCUCAAAGUGGAGCUAUUACUCGAUAUCUUGCUCGUGUAGCUGGAAUCAAUGGCAAAACCACAACGGAAAAAGCAAUGGCUGAUAUGUACGUUGAUACUUUUAUCUACGAUAUCGUUGAGAAAUCUUAUAGUUUCCGUCUUCCUGCCCUCGAACCAGAUGAAGAGAAAAGGAAAGAAAAAGCUCAAGAAUUUCUAAAAGAAAAGCUAAUUCCAUUUUUGGACCAACUGGAGGAACUCUACAAGAAGAAUGGAGGAGGGCCUUGGUUUUGCGGUGAAACUUUCACUUAUGCCGAUUUGGCCUAUUUUCGCAUGGUUAACAAUGUUCAUGACCUAGUCAUGCAAGUUCCAACACCUCAUCCUCAUCUUCAAGAAAACUACGAACGUACGGCAAACAUUCCUCGCAUUGCAGAAUACCAAAAGAAUAAGAAACAAGAUCGGAUCAUCUAA